CGCUGAGCGUAGUGGCUGUGUCACGUGACGGUGCGCUGUAGCUGUUGUAGCACUCGUACUCGUAGUACACGCGUACUGACUCGGUAGCUUGUGUUGACUUCAAUGAUGGUUAUGGUUAAAGUUUAUUGCGGAGGUCUCGAUUAAGAUCUGUGCGAUGCGUUGGGCAUGGCGGCGGAGAGAGUCGUAUCGUUGCGGCAGCAUCGUCGCGGCUGGUGCGGUCGGGCCCGUGCUGACUGCAGCUCUGCUGGUGCUGAUGCCACGCCCGAUCUCUGCGCCUGCCGUCUCCCCGAGACCUUGUGCCGCCAAUCCGCUGUGCAUCUGCCGGGCUGACCACUUCGCCUGUGACUAUGUGCCAUUUCAUCGCUUUCCUGACACCGAGGCCGGUGUGCUGCACGUGGCGGUGUCGGCGGCGAGGCUGGGCGCGCUGGCGGAGGCGGCGCUUGAUGCGCGCGCGUUGCGGACUCUGGUGCUCGUCGCCUCACGGCUGCAUCACAUUGAAACCUCUGCGAUGGCAUCAAUGGCAUCCAGUCUGGCAUCACUGGAUUUAGGUUACAACGAAUUCACAGAGAUACCAAUAGAAGCGCUUCGACACUUGAAAGUUUUAAAUUGGCUGAAUUUACAGAACAAUUACAUAAGCGAUUUGGACCCAAAAAUAGAUUGGGGUGGUCUGUCAGAGUCUUUGACAAGUUUGUCGCUUAGUAACAACCACAUAUGUAUUAUACACGAAGAUGCUUUGUCGUCUCUUCGAUAUUUAGUUCAGCUGGAACUGGAUGGCAAUCGACUGAGGCAUUUAGACGCGGGCGCUCUGCCUCCCUCUCUGGCGCUGCUGCGACUCUCUGACAAUCUACUAUCGGAUCUGCCGUGCAGAGCUCUGAUAUUAUUGCCACGACUUCGCCACCUUCACCUAAGAAACAAUAUAUUGCAGCCAAUAUCAAACACAUCUUGUCGAAGCGAACGUUCCAAAAUAGAUUCCCUUGAUCUAAGUAACAACGAGCUCACAGACGGCUUCUAUCUUGAGUUUUAUCAUAAUCUUCAACUGAAACAGUUAGUUCUGGAUCUAAACGAGUUUACUACUAUGCCAUCGUUCGUACUGGAUUGUGGUCGGCUAGAAAAAUUAUCGAUGUCUUACAAUAACUUGCAGCAUAUAUCAGAAUCAACUUUACACGUACUUAAACAUACCUUGGAACGAUUAGAAUUAGAUCACAAUGAGCUGAUGACGCUCCCUGAUAGUAUGCGGGAGCUGAAUCGUUUACGAUAUUUAUCACUAGCCUACAAUAUGUUACAGGAAGUAAGAGCAUUGCCGCCUAAUUUACAUACCCUCUCAUUAGCCGGGAACUUUAUAACGUCAUUUCCCGUUAGUUUAAAAGAUUUGAAUCCUGGAACACUAACAUAUUUAGAUCUUGGCUAUAACCGCAUCUCCUAUAUAGUAAUUGACUUGUUCGGUACGUGGUCUGAAGGACUCACUACUCUCAGUUUGCGUGGGAAUAGACUGGCGCAGUUAGCACUUGGUUCUUUCCCGCCGCUGCCCUUGCGCGAGCUGGUGCUUAGCUUUAAUGAUCUUUAUUACGUAGAAGCUGGAGUUUUUUCCAAUUUAACGUAUUUAAGAAUUUUAGAAUUAUCAUCUGCUCUAUUUAGCGGAGAGAUAUCGACCCGCUCAUCACUAGGAGCUUUGACUUGGCUCGGCUUAGAUAACAAUAAUAUUCAUUUUAUAUCGUCAGACGAUAUGCAAAAUUUUCCUUCAUUAGAAUAUCUCAAUUUAGAUUUUAACAAAAUAAUAGAAUUUCCCAGCGAAGUAACUAAAACCAACGGAUCUUAUAAACUAAAAGAGCUGAGACUGUCAUAUAAUUAUAUAAGUAAAAUUAAUUCGGAAUUUCUUGAGAUUUUGAUAGAAUUACAAAGUGUCGAUUUAUCUUAUAAUCGCAUGAAUAAUAUAAGCGAACGUAGUUUCUACAAUUUGCGGAACUUGGUUUAUUUAAGUUUGACUGGGAAUGUUAUAGAAUUCAUUGCCGAUGAAGCUUUUGCUGAUCUUCCAAAAAUAGAAGUUUUGGAUUUGCAAGAGAAUAAUUUAGUCGAGUUUUCAACAAAAUGUUUUGCAAAUGUAUCGAAUAUGGAUACUGAUUUUGCAGUAAAUGUUAGUUAUAAUAAAAUUGCAUCCCUUGUCGGCGGGCGAGUUGCGUCUAUUAAUAUUUUAGACUUGUCGCAUAAUCUUAUAGAAUUCAUAUCGAGAGACUUUUUUAAUUCUCUAGGUGAACAAAUUCGUCAAGUUUUUCUUUCUUACAAUAAAAUAACAUUGCUCGAUAAUUCUGCUUUCGGAUCGUUACCUAAUUUGAAUAUUUUAAAUUUGCAUGAGAAUGACAUCAGCAUAAUAAAACGUCGUGCUUUUUCAGAUAUGCCUUCAUUACAGAUUUUAGAUUUGUCUCGAAACAGAAUAGGACAACUGUCCGUAGAACAGUUUCAUAGCUUACAUCGAUUAAAACUUUUGCGCUUAGAUAAAAACAAACUGCGGGCGCUGCCUCGUGACGUCUUUAAGAACACUGUUUUAGAAUAUGUAGAUUUGAGUAAUAACCAAUUGGCUUUAUUUCCAAGUAGCGCUCUUACUCAAGUAGGGUUUACGUUACGCCGUCUUGAGCUCUCUUAUAAUCGUAUUGAAUACCUUGAUUCUGCCAUGUUUCACGCGACUGCUUUCCUGCACGAGAUGGGCUUAUCACAUAAUGCCCUCACGGUCCUUUCUGAUAAUACACUUGCAGGGCUACCGCGACUGCGUCGCCUUGAUCUUUCUUUUAAUUCAAUCAAAACAAACUUUAAAGAGCUUUUUCAUAAUGCUCCACGUUUGAGGCGCCUUUCGUUGGCUAAUACUGGCCUUAAGGGUACACCACACCUUCCUCUCGCUAAUCUAACUGAAUUAAAUCUUAGUGGAAAUUAUAUCACUUCAUACGGUGAAAAUGACGUGCGUCAUCUUUCUAAUUUACGAGCUCUUGAUAUUGCUGGAAAUAAAUUCACUUCCCUUCGACCCGCAAUGUGGGCAUCAUUACCACAGCUAAUUUCCCUGGACGUAUCUCAAAAUCCUAUAGUGCGAAUACAACGCGGUCUCUUUGAUGGUCUGACUCGUUUACUUUAUCUUAGAAUGGACAAUCUACGAAAUGUAGAAACAAUAGAACCCCGCGCAUUUCGUGCGCUGGUCUCACUGAGGUCAUUGACAUUGGAAUCACCUACUAGUGAAACUAAAGAUGUUCCUAUUGCAGAAAUAGUUUCUGCCACACCUAACUUAGAAGCUAUGAUAGUUAAAAUACAUAAGGAAAUGUUAGAUUCCCAAUUUUUGACAUUACGAGCACCUAAGCUUCGAUCUUUAGAAGUAAGCGGUAAGAUGCGACGCGUGGCUCCUGACGCUUUCACUGCUCUCGGUCGACAACGCUCUCUGUCUUUACGAUUAACCAAUUCAGCUGUAUCAGAGCUACCACCAGGUCUCGUGAGGCCUCUAGUUCGCAUACCACACCUGACUCUCGAUUUUACUAAUAACCAUCUCGUUAAUUUUGGACCAGCAGUUGUAUACCCAAAUUUGACAGGUUGGAAUCGUUUUGCAACAAAACUUUUGCCAGGAGGCCUGCUACUCGAGGGAAACCCACUCCGGUGUGGCUGUUCGGCAUCUUGGGUAGGCGCGUGGCUAAGACGGUGGACAAGCGAAGUAGGCGGCGGCUCGAGAGGUGCGCGGGCGGCGGCGCGACGCAGUGCGUGCGUCACCAGCCCGCGCGCGCCGCCGAGACCUUUGCUCGAGCUUCACGCCGACGAGGCUGAGUGUCACGCAAGCGCACUUUCGAGUCGUUCACAUAAACUUUAUUCACAUCAUUUAAUGUAUUCAUUCGUUCUAGUGUUCAGUGCUGUAUUCUCAUUUAGUUAGUAUUCAUGAGGAAUUUUUUUUGACAACAUUAUAGU